GGAAGGAGAGAGACGGAAGAGAUGUGGCUUCAUCACAAGCAGCUGAGGGAAGUGCAGGGAGGGUGAGUGGUGAGACACUCACUGACUGCCUCUUCUGAAGCCAUCUGAGGAUCAUCACCCACCUGCAAGAACAACUGCAUCUUCACACUCUUGGCAAAGCUUCAGGUGUUUGUAGGAAACGUACAGGUAUCCUCCCUGCCCUGAUGAACAAAGGCCUGGUGGAAAGAAGAACAAACGUGUCCUUGGGUGAACUCUCUCAGAGGGUUGCAGUCUUGGGUGUUCAAAUGUCACAGGAACUUUUUUAGAAUUAGAGAGAGGCCAGAGACCAAACAGGUUGUAACUGCUGAAUAGUGACUUUCUUUGACCUCUUUGGAUCUGGCAAAACUUUACCUCUGCAGUUCACUCUUUAAGUGACUUAAACUCUGCUCCCAGUCUGUCACUGAAAAGCUGACAGCACGUUUCUUUAAAGUGAAGGCCGUUGGAUGCUUUGAGAACCUCUCUUCUUCUACUUGAAUUGUCAAUCUUCUCGUCCAAAGUUUCUUGGGUUUCUGAUGAGCAGAUCAAUGUGUGGCUGUGGUUGCAGCAUCAUCUCAUCUCUGAUGAAGAGGCUGGGCUGCUCUGCUUGUUGCUCAGACCUGCUGUCCUGCAGCCACACCUCCGAGCACCUGCAGCGCCUGGCCACCGGCUGUCCACCUCAGCAUAAGAAUGCCAAGUCCUUGUCCUCUUCAGACAGCCUAGCGAAGGUGCAGGAGGUAGCAAGCUGGCUUUUGGAAAUGAACCAGGAUCUGCUGUCGGGGGGCAGCGGCAGCAGGGAGGCCCAGCAGCAGAGGCCGAGACCGGGGGCAGCAGCAGCAGCAGGUAACAGCACCUCUAGCCGCACACCCCAGCCCCAGGUGGAGCACAUGAACCAGGUGCUUGAGGAGCACGAGCAGGAGGCGCAGCCACAAAGGAGGGAGCCGGGCGAGGAGGAGGACGCUGAAAGAGAGCGACCAAGGGAGGGAGAGGAGGAACCAUGGCCGUCUGGAUGCGAGGAAGGGCAGAGGAGCGAGGUGAAUGGAGCAGAGAAGGGCGCCCAGUGGGUGUGGGAACAGGAGCAGCGACGAAACCGCAGGCGGCAUCACGAGGAAGAGGAGAACGAGGUGGAGGAGAAUAAUAACAGUGGAAGAGAGGAGCAGGUUGGGCCAGGACUUCGUUCUGAGGAAGAUAAGGACAGGCCAGAGGAAGAGGAGGAUGGGGAGGAGGAAAUGGACCAGGACAGUGAUGAGUUUGAGCACUCAGAAGAGAGUGGAAAGGAAGAGGAGGAGGAGGAGGAGGAGGAGGAGGAGGAGGAGGCUGCGGCGGAGGAGGAAGGCGAGGAUGGCCUCCACUCUCUCUCCAUUAGGACCAGUGUGUCGGACCUUAAUGAUAACACAGACCAGUCCUCUGGACGACAGCACCAAAGCUCACCCUCUGUCUUCAAGAAUAAGAUGAAGAGAAAGUUGGACCAUGGCCCUGAGGUUCGACCUUUCCCUUCAGGAAAGAAGCCCUGUCCAAGUCCCACCGGACUGCCAUACCCAGCCACCCCCACCACAUUUGGGGACUUGCGAGCGGCCAAUGGGCAGGGUCAACAGAGGCGGCGUAUCACGUCCAUCCAGCCUCCAACGGGCCUGCAGGAGUGGCUCCGCACCUUUCAGAGCUGGAGCGGCCCAGAGAAACUGCUUGCGCUGGAUGAGUUGAUUGACAGCUGUGAGCCCACGCAGGUGAAACACAUGAUGCAGGUGAUCGAACCGCAAUUUCAGAGAGACUUCAUCUCGCUGCUGCCUAGAGAGCUGGCCUUACAUGUGUUGUCAUUUCUGGAGCCAAAGGAUCUUCUUCAAGCAGCUCAAACGUGUCGUUACUGGCGCAUUCUUGCAGAAGACAACCUGCUCUGGAGGGAAAAGUGCAAAGAAGAAGGUAUUGAUGAGCCCUUGCACAUAAAGAGAAGGAAAGUUAUCAAGCCAGGGUUCACCCACAGUCCAUGGAAGAGUGCCUAUAUCAGACAACACAGAAUAGACACCAACUGGAGGAGAGGGGACCUCAAAUCACCCAAGGUGCUGAAAGGCCAUGAUGACCAUGUCAUCACCUGCCUCCAGUUCUGUGGAAACCGCAUAGUUAGCGGCUCAGACGACAACACGCUCAAAGUCUGGUCUGCUGUCACUGGAAAGUGUUUGCGGACAUUAGUGGGCCACACAGGUGGUGUCUGGUCCUCUCAAAUGAGAGACAACAUCAUUAUCAGUGGUUCCACAGACCGAACGCUGAAGGUCUGGAAUGCAGAGACGGGAGAAUGUAUCCACACGCUGUACGGUCAUACCUCAACAGUGCGCUGUAUGCACCUGCAUGAAAAAAGGGUGGUGAGCGGUUCUCGGGAUGCCACACUGCGGGUUUGGGAUAUCGAGACGGGUCAGUGUUUGCACGUGCUCAUGGGUCAUGUUGCAGCCGUGCGCUGCGUACAGUAUGAUGGUCGUAGGGUGGUCAGCGGGGCCUAUGACUUCAUGGUGAAAGUGUGGGACCCUGAAACCGAGACUUGCCUACACACACUCCAGGGUCACACCAAUAGAGUGUACUCGCUACAGUUUGACGGCAUCCACGUGGUGAGCGGUUCGUUGGACACGUCGAUUCGAGUGUGGGAUGUAGAGACAGGAAACUGUAUUCACACACUCACAGGUCAUCAGUCUCUCACCAGCGGCAUGGAGCUCAAAGAUAAUAUCCUGGUCUCUGGAAAUGCAGACUCCACCGUCAAGAUCUGGGACAUCAAAACGGGCCAGUGCCUACAGACACUGCAAGGUCCCCACAAGCACCAGAGUGCAGUGACAUGCCUGCAGUUCAACAAGAAUUUUGUCAUCACCAGCUCUGAUGACGGUACGGUGAAGUUGUGGGACCUGCGGACGGGCGAGUUCAUCCGUAACUUGGUGACACUGGAGAGCGGCGGCAGUGGUGGCGUGGUCUGGCGCAUUCGCGCCUCAAAUACCAAACUCGUCUGUGCGGUGGGCAGCCGUAAUGGCACGGAGGAAACCAAGCUCCUAGUGCUGGACUUUGACGUGGACAUGAAGUGAGCCAAGCGAAGGGGGUAAACUGAGGGGACUCUAUGUUUGGAAAUGGGGAGAGGCGGAGUAACCUGCCUUGGGUCUCUUUGAUGAGCCCCAUGCCAGGACCUAUUGCUCACUUCAUUGUAUCUCCACCUCCCUGAUAAGUUGUCGACAACAUCUCACCCUGUCGUGCCAUGCCGUGUUAAUGGCAUACUCCCUACGACUGCAGCCACAGUUCUGUUCACCUUCAGAAAGGGGGGGUGGGGGCAGAUGCUCAUGCACCACAGCAUUCUGGGAAGGGGAGGAAACUGACUAGAAUGUCUUCAGAAGACAGGAUUGAGCUUGCAAGGUGACCUUGCACAGUGACUUAACUCAAGCCUGACUGAAACUCACACCCAGAUGUACAAACAUUUUUUUGAUCAAAACAAGUCAACACUGUAUACAUGAGACCCUAAUGCGACAUGGAGUGCUAAAUAGUGUAUACAAAAAGUACAAAUUAAAUUUUAAUGGAGAAUGAUAUGAAAAGAGCUUUGUACUGUGGGAGUAAUUAGAAAGAGAGAGACAAAGGAAGCCAGUUUUGUCAGUCCUCAUCAACCUCAGCACACGCCAAAUAUCCCUUUCUUCCUCAUGCGUUGUUGUUUUUUUUUGGGGGGGGGGGGGAGUUUCGUUGUUUUUGCUUCGUUGGUUUUCACAUCAACAGCUGUGAAAUCAAGUUUUAUGCGUUCUUUUCAAGUACUGCAUUUUAUUUUCACUUCUGCCUACUGUUGCAAACAACAAGUCUCAGUAUUAAGCUAAACCAACUCUGCUGUUUCCCACAUUUUGGGGGUUUUAUUUUGUAAUUUUUUUUUUUUCUUUUUUUUUUACUCCAUAAGCAGCGCCUCUCCGGAUUCUGGGAUGACCUGCUUUCCUUAUUUUUUUUUUCAACCAGUCUGAUCUUGUUAGUUCAUCAGUGCUGGCGCUCUAUGGGAAAUGGGAAUUGUUGUCCCAUAUAUUCCUGGGAAUAUGUAUCCCCCACUCUUUCCCAGUACUGUCCAUCCCAGUGGCCAAACUGGAUUUUAUGCUGCUAGACACACGGAAAAAUAAGAUGGAACUUUAACUGGCUGUGACGUUUUAGUCCCAGACUAAAUUCGAAAAAAGUUACUUGUAGAGUUUGAACUUGUAAAAAUGAUACAAACAUACACACCAACAAAAGCAAGAUAUUGACAGCUUCUCUUUUUUUGCCACUGAGACUUGAGCCAAAUGUGCCUCUACGAGGCGUAGAGGAGGGAGAAUGUCUGAAAAAGAGACGAGUUUGCCAGCUAAGAUUAAAUGAUGGACGAGUAAAAUCUAUUUUGCAUUUGCGAGCAUGACUGAGUGUGUGUGCGGGUGUGUGUCUGAGCAAAUUGUUCACACAUUCCUUGGGACAAAAGCUCUGCCAGCCUGUUCUGUGUGGAAAUGUAUGCUUUGACAAAAAAGAAUUCAGUUCUUGUUUUUAAUUUGUUAAAAAAUGAGAUUGUUGGAACCAACGUAAAGUUACAGAUGUAAAGAACAUUGUCAAGUUCAUGCAGAAAAAAAGGUGGUCUUAGUGUACAGAAAUUGACAUCUGAUUACGUUGUAAGUGCUAGAGCUAACCUGGUCUCCAUUGGUGAUGCUCUCAUGGUUUCUUUGAAUGGUAAAGCGAUUCAUAGAUAAACAUGACGUAACCUCAUCAGUAGCCAAACAAUGCGUCUCAUCCUCCAAGUCACACAACUCAAGCUGAACUGUGAAAGUGGUUUAACACUGUAUAUUAAAAACAAUCUUGUUCUUUCUCCUCCAACCCCCCCCCCCCCUUUUUCCCCCUGUUUAAUUUAUGAUCUGGUUUGAGAAAUCAGAUGUUGGAUUUGUUUUAUUUUUUCAGUUAUGUAACUGCCUGGCAUAACAGACAGAUAAAAAAAAGAAACCUUAAAGGGAUUGUGUAUUUGUUUAAUUCAUUUAGAAUUUUUAUUUUCUUAUAACUUAAGUGCAAUAAAAUGUGGUUUUUCUUUUUUCAUUUCAAGAAUUUUGUUGUCUGUGUUCCUCACUGUGUGAAAGUGUUAUGUGUCCAAUAAAACUACAGAUUAUUCUG